GGUGACGCAUCCCGUUUGUCACUUGGCACCAAACUUGUGUCUGAAAACAACAACACAAACCGGGCGCUGGCCGGCCUCACCCUCAAUAAAUGAAUUGCUGAGACUCCAAGCAGUGCAUGCCAUGGAGACCUAGCGGGGAGGGAGGCCCAGCCAUUUAGAGCAGAGGCAGGAAGAUGUUAAGCCUCGGAACAGCAGAAGUGGUCGUGUCCAGGAAGGCUGAGGGUGGCGGUGUGGCAGUGGUGGUGUGGUGGUGCUGUGGUAGAGUCUACUCGCCACCAUGCCUGUAGACAUCAACAACUUGACUGAUGGCUGGUUGGAGCUGGAGAGUGACCCAGGCCUGUUCACACUGCUGCUGGAGGACAUGGGUGUGAAAGGGGUGCAGGUGGAGGAGGUGUAUGAUCUGCAGAAGUCAUUCGAAGGAAAGGUGUAUGGAUUCAUCUUCCUCUUCAGGUGGAUAGAGGAGAGGCGAUCACGGAGGAAGGUGGUGGAGAACACAGACAAUUAUGUGCAGGACGAGGCCGUUGUGAAUAACAUGUUCUUUGCCCAGCAGAUGGUGCCAAACAGCUGCGCCACUCACUCCCUUGUCUCGGUGCUGCUCAACUGCUCUGCUCUUGACCUUGGCCCCACCCUGUCCCGCCUCAAGGUGCACACACUCGGCAUGAACCCAGAAAACAAGGGUUGGGCCAUCGGCAACACCCCAGAGCUGGCCAAUGCACACAACUCCCACUCAGCCCCUCAGGCCCGCCGCCGCCCAGACAAGACCCCAGGAGUGCCCACCAGCUCCAGGGUCAGCAAUGCAGAAACCUUCCACUUUGUGUCUUACGUCCCGGUCAAUGGAAGACUCUUUGAGCUGGAUGGAUUGAAGCCGUCGCCAAUAGACCAUGGGCCGUGGCAGCCCGGGGAGGACUGGACGGAGAAGUUUCGGCGUGUCAUCACAGAGCGCCUGGGCAUUGCGACAGGUGGUGAACCUUACCAUGACAUCAGGUUCAAUCUGAUGGCAGUGGUGCCUGACAAGAUCACAGCCCUCAGGAGAAAACUGAGUGCACUUAGAAGGAACAGAGAGACCAUCCUAGAGGCGCUGCACCAGUUUGUGCGGCAGCGCUUCCCACAGUACAUUGGAAAGGAGAAGCUGUCCCCUCCUGCCCCUAGCCACUCCCAGGACACUCCCGUUGAGGAGGGCAACAACCUGUCCCUGCUGGCUGUUGCUGCAUCCCAGAAGCUGGAGGCACAAGGCUAUGCUGAUCAUAACCCUUGCACCAGCCUUCACCGGACCCAGGCACCCAGCCCUCACCAUCCUCAGCCACAACAGCAGCAGCAACACACACCAGUACGGUCGGAUUCAAAUGCACCGGUGGGCUUGGAGCUGCCCCCCUCUGCUGGCACCCUCUCCACCCCACCAGACUAUGCCACGCCUCUCACCAUUCAGACCUCUCCAGCCCCUCCCUCCACUCCCUCCACAGACACUGCAUCAGAGGCCGGCACCCCCUACCACUCCCCGCAGGGCAGCAGUGGAUCCAUGCAGAGCAGCCCAGCCACAAGCAGUGAAUAUCAGCAUCUUGUUGUUGUUCACUUUACACCACCUCAUUCCUCCAUUUCUCCCACUUCUCACUCCACCUCCAUCACCACAACAGCCACCACCACCACCACUACUCUUACUACUACCACUGCUACCACUGCUGCUACUACUGUUGCUAAUACCACUACCACCACUACCACUACAACUGCAGCAGUCUCUCAAGGCCAGACCCGCACUCCUCCCUUAUCCUGCCGGCAGCUGGAGGAGGUGGCAAAGCAGCUCAAAGAAGAGGAGGAGGAGGACUCAUCUCUCACAGGCUUUUUGGAUUCUCCUGAUGAUGCAGACGUCAAGCUGAAUCCAUCACUCUUAGAAGGCCUAGUGAAUACCUUGAGUCCAGAGGGAGAAAGUGGCACUGCUGAGGCUGCUGUAAAGAAGGAAGAGAAAGGAAUGUGGGAAAGAGAUUCUGGUGCCCUCCCUCCCCCAGGUGAGGAGGAGGGGACUGGAUGGGGAGGUGGAGAACCAAGUGGAGCAGACACGGCAGCGGGGCCCAAUCACCUUCUCCACCUGGUCCAUCUUUUGGGAGAGGAGAUCACCACUUGUGAGGCACAGCUGAAGGAUGAACUGGACCAGCGAAAGAGAUACAAAGUGGAUGACAGCCGCAGGACACACAACUAUGAUCAGUUUAUCAUCACCUUUUUGGCCAUGCUGGCAGAGCAAGGAAAAAUUUCUGAUCUGGUGAAGGAGCAACUGCAGCCGUCACGGAAGCGACCUGCUCCGGCGCCCUCUACGCCUCGGCCUCCUACUAAAGCACCACUGAAGAAAACAGAAUCUAAGUCUCCAAGCACUUCCAAGAAGAGAGGAAGAAAGAAGAAAACAAAAGGGAAGAGAAAGAGAUGAAUUGUCAUCCUCUUCCAUCAUGUCAGGGCAUAGAUUAAUACUUAAUUGUACAAAUAGGACUUUAUUGUAGAAAUGGUAUGUGAUACAUUAAUUUUAAUUGUAGGAAGGUUAAGUAAAUUCUGCUCUCAGGGGAAGGAAGCAAGACCCAUUAGUGGUGCCAAUCCCAAAAUGUCCUGUCCACAACUCUGCUUCUUGCUGUCCCCAUUGGAUGCAGGAAGAUUGCUAGUGGAGAUUUAAUUUUUAUCUUGGCUCAUCUCAAACUCCUUGUUGUAGCUGAGAGAAGACAUGAUGAACUAUGUCUCCAUUUGUAAGCCUUUAGUGUCCCAUGGUGGCAGUAAUAAAUACUAGGGUUGUGAAGUUGAUAAAAAAAGAAUAUAUACUGUAUAUUUUGGCAUACAAGAUGACACUUGAAUCUCACACUUCAAGAAAGUGUUGCAGUCUUCAUUGUCUCAUCCACUGAAAUAUACAGUAUACUGGUGUGUU